CUGACAAACUCCCGCUGACAAACACCUGACACACGAUCUGGCACCCUUGACAAACGAUCAUGAGGUCGCUCUAUGCCGGUGGCUCGGAGCUUGGUAGUUGGUCAGUCGGUAGCCUGAUAGAGGGGCUCAGACGCUGCAGUUCCGGUUUGGGUUAGUCAUAGUCCGGACUGAGAAGAAACUCUAGUGCUGCAGGUUUUCUGGCCACGUUUGUUUGCCGGAGAUAGCGACAGCAUGUCUCUGGCAACCUUCUACGGCCAGUACGGCCUGUCAGUGGGCACUCCGUCCGACUUCGGUACCAGCCAGUGGCAGGACCCUGCCGCCGUGUCCUGGUGGUAUGUGGCCUUCAGCUGCGUCAGCGCUCUGUACCUCAACGUCGAGAUCGGCGUCAAGCUGCUGAUUCCCGUGGAGUAUGGCGGCUGGUGGGACGGCGCCCACCACGCCUCCCAUUUCUUCAUCUACCUUACCAACUGGACGCAGCUGCUGGUGGCCGCCAAUAGUACGGCGGCGGCGACCCUGGCGCUGGAGCACGCGCUCAGGGUCGGCAGAGGUCGUCUACUAGACGGCACUAUACUACCGCUACGCUACCGCCUCAGCUGGCUCCUACACAACAUCAGCGCCGCGCUGAUCUUCACCGUCUCGAUAGCCUUCUGGCCCAGCGUGUUCUUUGCCGAGGAGAGCGGACCGAACUCUAUCAACUACUUUACCGUCUCCUCUCACGGCGGGAACGGGCUGUAUCUGCUGCUGCUGCUUGCCGUGCAUAGGGUACCCCGUCGACCUCUGCACGUCUGGCAGCCCGCUCUGGUCGCUGCCAUCUACCUCAUCUUCACCAUCACCUACACAGAGCUGGGAGGUCUGACCGAACGCGACAACACCGCCUUCUACCCGGUUCUCGACUGGCGUCGGCAGCCUGUCGCCACCGGUUUAUUCGCGUUCGAUCUGGUGAUCGCGGUUCCCGUGUCGUUUUUCAUGGUGGUCGGGCUGGCUGUGGUUCGUGAGGAGAUUUGGGAGAGGGUGGAUAGAGGCAGGAGGAGGAAAGAGGAAGAGGGAGAGGUUGUGAGGUAUGAGGUGUGUCCGUGAGAGGAGGGGAGGGGUGGGUUGGUGUCACGGUAGGCUAUGUGUAUUGUUUGACAGGGGAUACAGUUAUCCUAGGUGAUAGGAUCAUACAUACUUACUAUGGUGGGUGUUUUGCGAGUAUCAUUUUUCUGUACAUUUUAUUCUAGGGAUACCCACAAUCGCGCUUUCUUACAUAACUUCGUGACAGGUCUUUGCCUUUUGUCGCCAUUGGCAAGGGCUAUGUGGUGAUGUAGGUAAAGAUAAAUUCAUUUAAGGUGCGUGUCCUCGAAACUAAUUAUUUGGAGGAAAAUACAUACAUCAUUAGGUAUCCGCUGUCGAAUUCCGUUACAAAAUAUUUUCAAAAUGUGCAUGCUACUUUUCGUGUAAGAUUUACAAAGAAAAAAAGUAUGCCAAUUAUUGAAGGAUUUGAGCCCUAACUUCACUUUUGGGUACCAAUGACAAGGAGCAGGCGAAGAUAAAAAUAAGAACGCAACUUUUUUGGUGCUAAUUAAACAUACAGAGAAGUAAAAUAUGUGCCUUCUGUGUAUUCACGUCAAUAUGCAUUGUUGUAAGUAAACGUGUGAAUACGGGAUCAGUGUUUUUCUGUGAUAAGUGUCUGGCAUAUCCAGACUGAAGACGGUGCCUAAUACAUUUACCCGGUUUCCCAAAA